GCGGUUUGGGAAAGAUGCUGGCAUUCUGGAUCGCGCUCUGCGUCUGGGGAGCAGUGACCGAAGCGGCCUACUUUUCCCAGCAGCCCCAGGACCAGGUGGUGGUGGCUGGCCAGUCGGUGACGCUGCCCUGCGUCAUCGUCGGGUACCGAGGGAUGGUACAGUGGACCAAAGACGGCCUGGCGCUCGGUGGAGAACGAGAUCUACCCGGUUGGAUGCGUUACACCCUGAUGGGAGAUCCUCUAUCAGGAGAGCACAGCUUGGUGAUCGACUCGGCCGAGCUGGCAGACGAUGCCGUGUACGAAUGCCAAGCUACUCAAGCAGGGCUGCGCUCACACCGGGCCAGACUUACAGUUCUGGUGCCACCUUCGGACCCGGUCGUGGAGGGAGGACCUGUGGUGCGUCUGAAGGCUCACACCCCUCACAACCUGACCUGCCGGGCAUCUGGUGCCAAGCCUGCCGCCGAGAUCACCUGGUACAGGGACGGAGAGAUCAUGAGCACUGCCAUCUACUCCAAGACUGUGAUGGAGGACGGGAAAAGAGAGACGGCGGUCAGUCUGUUACCCCUGGUGCCCGAUGACCGGGAUUCAGGACGCACCUACACCUGCAGGGUCCUGAACCCAGCCACCCCUGCCGGACGCCAAACCUCCAUCACCAUCAACGUGCAACAUCCUCCGGCGGUCACUCUGUCCGUCCAGCCUCAGACGGUGAUGGAAGGAGCCAAAGUGCUGUUCUUCUGCUCGGCCUCGGCCAGCCCAGAGAUUACAGGAUACAGGUGGUCCAAGGGCGGCAUCCCCAUUUCGGACGCUAAAGGGAACAGCCUGGAGGUGACCGUGGAUCACUCGUACUUUACAGACCCCGUGUCCUGCGAGGUGUCCAACUCUGUGGGCAGCACCAACGUCAGCACGCUGGUGGACGUACAGUUCGGCCCCAGGUUGCUGUCGGAGCCCAAACCCUUGACGGUAGAUACGGGAAUGGACGCGGCCUUCACCUGCGCCUGGACUGGCAACCCUCCGCUCACCCUGGCAUGGACCAAACAGGGCUCCAACGUGCAGGUUCUGAGCAACAGCAACACUCUGCACCUGAAGGCCGUGACCCAGGAGGACGCUGGGACGUACACCUGUAAAGCCAUCGUACCGAGGAUCGGCGUGGCCGAGAGAGACGUCACGCUGACGGUGAACGGUCCGCCCAUCAUCAUGGCCGAGGCCACGCAGCAGGCGGUCAAACACGCCAAAGGAAAGCUGGAGUGUCUGGUGGCCAGCAGCCCUCCUCCCGACAAAAUAAUCUGGACGUUUGGGGACAUGAUGCUGUCGUCCGGCUCAUCGGGCCGUUUCUCGGUGCAGACGGUGACCAGUGACCACGGCGUCCUGUCCUCGCUGGUCCUGUCCGAAACGCUGGCUCAGGACUUCCAGCUGAGGUACAACUGCACGGCGUGGAACCGCUUCGGGACGGGCACGGCUCUCGUCACGCUCAAGGAACAAGAGGCUCUGCCGUUACUGAUCAUCAUCGGGGCGUCUGUCGGAGGCGGGUGUGUCUUCAUCGUCUGUGUCAUCACCCUGGCGUCCAUCUGCUGCCGCCACGCCGCCAAAGUUAAAAAGGGAACCCGCCUGUCCAAGAGCGACAUCCGCGUGCAGAUUGUUCACAGCGACCACAACGCAGCCCGCGGAAACGAUGACGAGGAGGACGUGAAGGAGCCCAUGGCUCCUAACAGCAGCGAGUCUCCGGGGACGUCACGCACCGAGCACAGUGAUCUGCUGGAGGAGGAAGACGACGAGCGAUCAGACAUCAAGGACCCCACGAACGGCUACUACAACGUCCGCGGACAUGACGACCGCCACGUCGCCCGAACCAACUUCUCCGAGUUCGUCCCGACCUCACGGCCCGUCUACACGCCGUGCCAGCUGCCCUCCCCCGGCCCCCUGUACAGCCAGAGCUCCACCCAGCCCCGGGUGUACGACUUCUCCAACCGCUACGCCACAACGCCGGCGGCUCGCACCACCUACGAGCAGCCACCGCAACAGCAGCAACAGCCACAAUCCCAACAGCAGCUGACUCCGACCAUGUACCCCCAGGACCCGCUGUACAUGCCCAACAACUACGGACGCGCGUUCACCAGCUACGUGAAACCUCCCUCGUUCGACAAGGUGGACACCUUCGAGCAAACGGAUCAGGCCAGCAAGGUCUCCGGGUCGUCCCGCUUCUCCUACGCGUCGUCGCAGCAGUCCGACUACGGAAGGCCGUCGCAGCAGCGAAUGCAGACUCACGUGUGACGCGGGAAAGGGCUUUACGUUUACGUUCCCUGUAGGAGGAACCCGGUCCUUCCGGGUUACCCGACAUUCGAAAUCGUUCAAGCUAAUUUAAUCGUGUCUGCUAGCUGAACUCGGUGAACGUGAGAAUGCUAGGCCUGACCCGUAAAGCGGACUAACUCGUUUUAAUGAAGACAAUUUGACCUUAUGCUGGACCACAAUCAUGAAAAUAUGGAGAAAAAAAAUCAUACGUUAUGGCAUGCUGAAGGAAUUGUAAGCACAUUUUUGUGUCUCUUGCCUGACAAAGAAAUUCCAACUAUGAAUGAACAGACUUUAAGAACUGGUGGUUUCUUUUUCUACUUUUUGCAGUAUGUUUGCUCCUACGACAGAGUAUUUCUAAAGAAAAGGACUCGUUACCCGCCAGGAAAAAAAGAAUACAGGUUAUGAGGGUUGCACUUCCGGUGCAGACAUGAAGAAAAGAAGACGAAGCGAACUAGACAAUAAAGAUGUCUCUCUCUCUCUCUCUCUGUGUGUUUUUUAUUUUGUUGGCACUGUAGCCGAAAUAUAUGGCAUGGAUGGCAUUUUGGAUACAGUGCAAGUACAAGUGCAAAUCAAACCACCGCUUUGUCGGUGGUCGAUGGCAAUCGGAAAGUGCAAACACAGCAGCAUCUACUGUGAUUUUACUAUAGAGAGCGCUGAGCCGUUCCUGCUCACAGACUUCAACCACACAAUCAAUGUUUACAGAAAAUAAAAAACAACACGGACAAACGAACCUACGACGCUCCCGCCGACGACGAGCCAGUGUAAAAAUCCGGGGUGACCCCGCACCGUCCUCCUGUCUGUUGCAUGCAGAUGACGUGUCUAUGUGAACGUUUCCAGCAUUUCUUUCACCGUCCAUUCCAUUCGUGAGACGUUACUUCUUCACCCUGCACCUAUUUUGUCCCGAUCGGGGCGGUUUUGACGCCCGGGUUUCUCGUACUGCCAUUUUUUUUUCCGAGCCUGAUUUAUUCGCCUCCGUUGGGGGGAAAAAAGAGAAAUAAAAAUUCACAAAGUGAACAAUUUGGUAAUAAACACAUUGCUUGUCCUUAUUUUUUUAUACUUUAUAUAAGCCUUAAUGUACAGUGUGUACGCUGCUCACCUGUAAGUACAUUUUUAUUAUGAAUGCAUAUAAAUAUAUGAGUUGAUUUUAUUUCUUUUAUUUUUAAUUUCCCCCGUAUUUUUAAGUUUCAUCAUUUUUUUCUUUAUAAUUUUUUAAUAUAAUGUAUUAAAUUUUAAUGGCUAAAAUGAUGAGCUAUUGUUGCUUGUAACUUUGUACACAUAUUUAUAUUUAAAUAA